GCGUCAGUAUUUUUAAAAGCUCCCAAGAGAUUCUGAUGUGCAGCCCGGCCUGAGAACCAGUGCCCUAGACCAACUAUUUCAUUUUGCAGAUGAGAAACUGAGGCCAAGAGAUGGGAAUGUAUGGGAAUGUAUUUGUCUAAGGUCACGGUCAUGCAGUGAAUGAAUGCAGAGUAUUCCUUCUCUCACACUACAGGACACAAAGCACUAGACUCCUUUGGUGGUAUCUCUGAUCAUUUGCUUCCAUACAAAUGAUCUCAUUUAAUCUUCACAACUUUUUAUUUAUUUAUUUAUUUUUUCCCCCAAAGCCCCAGUAGAUAGUUGUAUGUCAUAGCUGCACAUCCUUCCAGCUGCUGUAUGUGGGAUGCGGCCUCAGCAUGGCCGGAGAAGUGGUGCGUCGGUGCACGCCUGGGAUCUGAACCUGGGCCGCCAGCAGCGGAGCGCGCGCACUUAACCACUAAGCCACGGGGCUGGCCCAACAACUUUUUUUUUUUUUUGUACAAGAAGAUUCGCGCUAAGCUAACAUCUGUUGCCAAUCUUCCUCCUUUUUUUCCUUCUUCCCCCAACCGCCCCACAAAGCCCCAGUACAUAGUUGUGUAUAGUUGUAAGUUCUUUUGGUUCUUCUGUGUGAGCUGCCAGCACAGCAUGGCUACUGACAGACAAGUGGUGUGGCUCUACACCCAGGUACUGGACCUGGGCCGCCAAAGUGGAGUGCGCUGAACUUUAACCGCUAGGCCAUGGGGCUCUAAUUCUCACAACUUCUGGUGAGGUAGUGGGCAGUCAUCACCCCCACUUUACAGAUGAGGAUAUGAAGGAACAAAACUGUCCAUGUGACUUGCCCAAGGUAAAGGCAAGAAACUAGAAUGCCCAGUUCCUGGUCCAGCACUCUUUUAACCCCAUCCCAUUGUCAUAUUCAGGUUCUAGAAUGAACAGGUCAAUGCUGUGAGGUGGGUUUCAGGUGUAAAGGGGAGGGACUAUGAGGUAACAUUCUAGAAGGAUGGAGAGGAUAGGACAGGAGGCAGAUGACUGUUCCCUCACAAACAGGGGCUUUGGGGCAGCCAUGUCCUAUUUCAUGUCUCCACAAACUCAUCCGGGUCUUCUGCCUUCCAGCCAAGGUGGGGCUGCUUCUCCAGGCUCAUCCCUUGGCCUCUAUAGUCCUGCAGAGCCAGUGGUGGUGGCUGCUAACAGACUAGGCCCUCCGAGCCAGAAAGCUGAGCAGGUAGCACCUGCUGCCCAGGCCUGGGGCCCGGUCCUGGCAAUGCCGGAAGCCAGGGGCUGCCCUGGGGGGGCUAGCUGGGAGACACUGCGGAGGAAGGAGUACGGCGGAUACUGCCACAGAUUCCCCCACGUGAGGCAGCCGGAGAGCCUGGGCUGGGAGGAUGGCUGCUCCAGAAGCAGAGCUCCCCACCUGGGUGGCCCCAGCAGGCCUGGGCCCCUGCUGCUGUGUGGGCUGUCACCAGGGGUUCUGCCGAUCCCCUCUGAGGCAGGGGGGAAGGAAGCCAGCUCCCAGCCUGACAUCUGCAUCCUUACCCUGGCCAUGAUGAUCGCUGGCAUCCCCACCGUGCCUGUCCCAGGCCUGCGGGAAGAGGAUCUGAUUCGGGCGGCUCAAGCUUUCAUGAUGGCCCAUCCAGAGCCAGAGGGGGCUGUGGAGGGGAUGCGGUGGGAGGAGGCGCAUGCGCACACAGCCUCUGGGCAGAUGCCCCUAGUGAGAUCCAGGAGGGGCCAGCAUCCUGGCUCCUGCUUGUAGCUGGAUGAAAUAGCACCAGAUACAUAGGGUGGCUUCUCUGUAUGGUUUUUGGGCAGACAGGGUUGGGGGUGCCUAUGGCAGGG